CACAACACCUGCCAUCUGUGCUUACCUGCAUGCUCCAGCAGAAACAAGCCACCGCCACUGGCUGGUUACACUGAGCGAUGGGCUGCGGGACCAGCAAGGUGCUGCCUAAGGCAUCCAAGAAGGGCUAUGUAAGCGUGGUGCAAUCGCUUGUGGCUUUCAGCAGAGCACAUAAUAAUGAUGAUGAUGGUGAUAAUAGUGAGGCAAAGAAGCAUAUGGAGAAGCCGUGGUUUUCCACAAGCGGUAAGAAUCUUCAACCGACGUCGAACGGCCAACAGCAGAUACUCAGAGAUGGACGACAGAGGGAUAAAGUUGCCAAGUAUAAAGACAAGUUUGAUCCACGUGUGACAGCAAGAUAUGACAUCAAGGCUCUGAUCGGUCGUGGAAGCUUCAGCCGUGUUGUGCGUGUGGAACACAGGGCGACUCGCCAGCCCUUUGCCAUAAAAAUGAUGGAGAUAGAGGCUCCAGAGGGCCGUGAGGUGUGCGCCUCUGAGCUGGCGGUGCUGCCGCGGGUGAGCCAUGCGAAUGUGAUUCAGCUGAUCGAGGUGUUUCAGUUUCCACAGCGGGUCUACAUGGUGCUGGAGCUGGCCACAGGUGGGGAAUUAUUGGAACGCGUCGUCAGCAAAGGACACUUCACAGAGCGGGACGCUACCCAGGCCCUCCGGAUGGUGCUGGCUGGGGUGGGAUACCUCCACACGCUGGGUAUCAUCCACAGAGACUUGAAGCCUGAGAAUCUUCUCUACUACCACCCCGGGGCUGACUCCAGGCUGCUGGUGACUGACUUUGGACUGGCUACUUUUGGCGGCACAGGGUCAGAGGUUUCGGGCACUGAUGGGAUCGGGGCAGACCGUACCUGUUCCUUGAGAACAACCUGUGGAACCCCUGAGUACUUGGCCCCUGAAGUGUUACUGAGGAGACCCUAUUCUUGUGCAGUGGACAUGUGGGCCUUGGGGGUGAUUGCCUACAUCGUGUUAAGUGGAUCAAUGCCCUUUGAGGACGACAGUCGAGUGCGACUCUAUAGAUCCAUUCUUAGAGGAAGAUACAGCUUCCAUGGAGAUCCUUGGCCGUCUGUGUCCAACCUGGCCAAGGACUUCAUCCAGCGCCUGCUGGCAUUGGACCCAGCCACUCGCCUGACUGCCGACCAAGCCAUCCGUCACCCCUGGGUGGUCACCAUGGCAGCCAGUUCUUCAAUGAGAAACCUCCAUCGAUCCAUCUCCCAGAACCUCAGGCAGCGGGCAUCGCGCUGCUCUUCCCGAUGCCCAAGCAGCACCGCGAGCUCCGGCGACGCCAACAGCCUGGGAAGGCUAAUAUCACUGGAGAAAACCCAAGAGCAGCAGAAGCAGCAGAAGGGCAGAACAUCUGGACUGACUCAGCCUCAGAGAGUAAUACAACAUCCAGCCAGAGGGCUCCAGGAGCAUCAAUGCCAUCCAGCUAGAGCGUCAGAUUCAUGAGAAAGCUAAUGAAGGGACGGAACCAGCUGCCUGAACUCAAUCAGCACUGCAGUCGCAAACCUCAGCGCUGAAAACAGGGAGCCAAAGUGCCUGGGACAGAUGUUGUGACAAAAAAAGUUCCCUUCACUCUGUGGACUUCAGUCAGGCUUCCCUACUAGACUAAUCACUCCAUCUCCCCUGAAGGCUGACUUCCAUCCUCCAUUAGUUUCUUGUGGUCAGGUUAAGCUGUUUGUGAAUAUCCUUCAGUUUUUAGGUCCAGGUCUAUAUUGAGACAGAGCUGUCCACCUGCACAAGGUCUCUCGCCUCUGGUUAUUCACACAACUCAGACUAAUGGUUUUCAGUGUUUCAGCUCAUUAUGAGUCACCACAUUACCUGCCUGUGAAGAGAUUCAUUCCAAAAAAUGAGAAAUUCAUCAUUUGAGAAAUGGGAGUUAAUCUUAGCAGGGGUGAUGUAAAAGUAGAAGAAAACUUGUUCCUUCGGCUCUGAUCUUUUUUCGAUUUUUAAAAGUAGAAUUUGAAAUCCUCACCACCAAACAGCGUGAAGAUUUACUUUUUUUUUUUUUUUUUUACAUUUUGAGACAGAAAGAGGCAAUAACGCUCUAGUCUUUCCCUUUUGUUGUCACUCCUCCUACAUGGCAGCACCCACAGUCCUGUGUAGCCACUGAAAGCACAAUCCAGAUAUUUGGUGACAGGCCUCUAUCAAGUUAAAAUGAAGCUCUGGGAUUUAAAAAAAGCUCUGUGCCCUCCCCCAAACAUUAUGUAAGCCGUAAACAAUAGCAAACAGCAUCUUCAAAAUAACCUCUUUUUCCAGUGAGAAGUUUUAAAUUAAAAUGGUAAUACGAGUGUGCGACAGGAGGGGAAUAAAAGUUAUGAGAGUGCAUUAAAAUGCAAGGCAGAUGUUAAACAUAAUUACCAAUGAAGUUCAUUCUUGUUUAGCAAUAUCACACAUAAUAUAUUGCAGAUUCUUUCCCUCUUUGUUUUAAUCAUUUAUGAUUCAUGCUUUCUGUUGCAGAUGACAGGUCUUGUAUUGGAGAUUAGUGUACAUACACAAUAUCUGGAUACAUACAGCUUAUAUAAAAAGCACAUCUCAUGAAAAAAACAACUUGGAACAGUGUUUUUUUUUUUUUUUUUUUACAUAAAACCAUUAUAAAUUACCUUCUUUUGUAGGAAGACCAUGAAUUUAUUAAUAUUUUGUGUGAUCACAUAUCUAAUAAAAGAAGGCACCAGUUGUGCGUUUUCAAAAA